AUAACGUAAGUCGAGAGGCGCGCGAAGUGUCAGUUGCAUCUCUCGACGUCUGACAUGUCGAACGGAUCAGAAUCGUCUGUGUCGAGCUUUGAAGAUUGUCUCGAAAGACGCUACAUCUUCCUACGGAAGAUCGGGUCUGGUACGUUCAGCUCAGCCUGGGCCGCACUAGACAAGGUGACGAGGACCAAAGUUGUGUUGAAGACGGUGCACAAGAAGAAUACGUCUCGAUCUCUUUUCAAAAAAGAACUCAAAUACAGUCGCAUGCUUUCUGGACAUCGACACGUUAUCAACACGAGAUCGGACGCUUUUGAAACGGACAAGGCAUACGUGCUAAUUCAAGAUCUGGCUGCAGGUGGAGAUCUAUUCGAUGCCAUCGGUCCCGAGAUUGGGUUGGCAGAGGAGACAGCCAAGCGGUAUAUUGUGCAGGUCGCUUCAGCUCUUCACUCGAUGCACACCAAGGGUCUGGUGCAUAGGGAUGUGAAGCCAGAGAAUAUCGUUUUGGAAGAUAAGAACGGAAGUAACGUGCUGCUGAUCGAUUUUGGAAUGACGAGACGAACUGGUUAUUACAUAGAACGAGUCUGUGGAAGCAUCCCCUACACUCCUCCAGAGGUCUGUAUGGCAGCUGACGGAUAUCAUUGCCACACCUCCUCUGACGUAUGGUCUGUAGGAGUUUUGUUGUAUUGUAUGCUAACCGGCAACUUUCCGUGGGAACAAGCAACAGAGUGUGAUUCGAAUUUCGCAGAAUUUUGUAGGUGGCAACGCGGGGAGUCGGAGAAGAUACCACCUCUGUGGAGACAGUUUUCUCCCAAGUUGCUCGAAUUGUUUAGUAAAUUGUUGUGCUUGGACUGGCAAAAGAGAUGCAGUGUCACAGAAAUCUUUCACUACACCAAAUUCUUCUGGUUCCAACACCCUACUGACAAAAGGCAAAUCCAACUGUCAGCAUCUAGUGUAGAGGCACUUCGAAGCCUAGUGCAACAGGAUCAGGAACAGCACAAGUUGCAGCAUCCCACAAAUAAAGAACUUUAUGCAACCUGUUACAUCCCCCACAAGGGUCGGUCAGCAGUGAUGCCUGUUAGUGCCUGUUAGGUCAUAUUGUUGAGUUGACAGAAGAUUUGCAUUAUUAUGUAGAAAGUUUGUAUAUAACUACAAGGAUACCAUGUGAGGUUGUAUAGAUAACAUAGUAGGACAGUCGGCUGGCCGGCUUCUAUUUUCAUGUACAAUUUCUUGAAGGAGAGAAAUAUAAGUUUGUUGAGCAAAA